AUGGCGUCGGCCGACCUUCACACAGACGGCGAUGAGUUUUGGCUCUUUGGAUAUGGCCAGGACCACCGCGGCACCCCAGAAGCCCCAGGCCGCGUUGUCACCCUCAUCGAGCGCUCAUACUGGUCCGCCAUCCACGACGCGCACGACACAGCCCCCGACCGCGUCUGGGGCGUCGCCUACCGCAUCCGCCCCGACAAGGUCGCCGAGGUCCGCGACUACCUCGACAUUCGCGAGAUCAACGGCUACACGAUCCACUACACGCCCUUCCACCCAGCCGAGUCCGCCCCGCCGUCGACCACAUCCUCCUCUUCUGCCGCCGCCGCCGCCUCGGCAUCGGGACCUCCCAACCCCGCCGCCCCCAUCCGCACCCUCGCCUACAUAGGCACCCCCGACAACGACCAGUUCACCGGCCCCCAAGACCCGCAGGCCCUCGCUGCGCACAUCCGCCGGAGCGUGGGGCCCUCAGGCCUCAACACCGACUACCUCUUCAACCUCGACCAGGCCCUCGACGAGCUGAGCCCUGACAGCGGCGACGAUCACAUCAGAGACCUCACGCGCCGCGUGCGCGCCAUCAUCGCCGCCGAGGGGCCCUCCGCCGAAGCCGAGACGAAAGCUGACGAGCUCGCCAGGACGAACGCAACAAACACGGAGGAACAGGAGGAGACGGAACACUGA